ACACGGUGAAAGAUGACGCUCUGUACCGUUUCCGCCAGUAAUGUGAGUUGUUUUAUCAUGAAAACCUCGACUGAUUUUUUCGGGGUCGUCUGGAGUUUGUCCUGGAAGCCUGUGAAAACUAAAUUGUGCCUCAUGCUGCGCGAUCGCAAGUCCAAAAUGUUUUCUUACAUGGUUUUAUUUUCCGUGACGACGGAGGUGAGUUGAAUGGUAAGUGCUUGUACGGAGUCCUUUAAAAGGUUAUUUUCUUAUCGAGUGUGUCGAUCUGGUCUUGGCUGAACUCUAAGCUGGAAUCCAGUCCGGUGAGUUUUUUAUUUUUGAUCGAGAGCAAAAUGUCGCUUAGCUCGGUGCAGCAGGACGGUUCGGGUGAUGCGGACGGUGUCGCACUCGGGCUGAAAGGUGAAUCGGGACGAGGUCUGUUGGAGGUCGGAGUGAAGUUACCUUUACAUUUACUUUUUUGUGUUGUGAUCUGGUUCGUUGCUGUUCACGGUGCAGCAGAAUGUGUCGUAGUGCGCGUCGAGAUGAUCGUAUAUGAUACAUGGUUGUAUUAUAUCAUAAUCCGGUUUUGAAACGGAGAAAAAAGAUGAAACGAGAGAAGUGUGGAAGGGGAGAAAAAAAACGAGAGAAAACAAAACGAAAUGAAACACAAUGUUGUAGGUAUUUUCACCUGGAGUUGUUUACAAUCUAGCACGAGGAAGUCGCCAUCUCAGAUGACCUGGGCCACAAGAAAAACUUGUUUACAGGGUUUAUUAUUUAUGCAUUUAAACAAAUCUAUUCAUUUUCGUUCUCAUUGUUUUCUCUGGUAUAAACGUUGCCUUCAGGAUCGAUCGGAUGCCUUAAACAUAUCUUACAUUAUACAUUAACUGUAAAUUACUCAUCGACUCUAAUUAUUACAUUUCGGUUUUCUUUUCUAUUUAAUUCUUUUUACUCUUAAGUCUAUCCACGUUAUUAUUAUUAUUAUUAUUAUAUUACACUAAACUAAUGUAAUAUAUUAUUACAUAUACAAUAUAAUGUAAAAUUAUUGUUAUAUUACAGUAAACUAUGACAUUAUUUUGCUCCUUUCAUUAAGUUCCUAAGUUUGCCAGCAGGAGGCGAUGGGCGGAGAGACGGAGAGUCCCAGAGACGGAGGAUGGGGAUGGAUGAUCGUCGCCACUUCCUUCGUUACGAUGAUCUGCACUCGCUCUGUCUCCAGGUGUGUGUCGAUCUUCUUUGUGGAGUUUCAGAUGCACUUCUCCACAGAUUACUCCACAACGUCCUGGAUUAUCUCCCUGCUGGAAUGUACCACUAUGCUGUUUGCUCCUCUAGGUAGUUACGUUGGAAACCGCUUGUCCACUAGAGUGGCAGUGAUGACCGGAGGAUUUUUAUCUUCUGUUGGACUUGCCCUCAGUUGCUUUGCCCCCAGUGUGCAGUUCCUGUAUAUAUCUGUGGGAAUUCUCACAGGUUUGGGUUUUGCCCUCAGUUUCACACCAGCAGUGGCAAUUGUAGGAACCUAUUUCACUGAGCGGAAGGCUUUGGCGUACGGAAUUGCCAUGUCUGGAAGAGGCAUUGGAAAUUUCAUCCUUCCUCCUCUGAUUCAGCACCUCAUCAACCUGUACUCCUGGACGGGGGCUCUUCUUAUCUUAGGGGGUCUUGUUUCAAACUUGUGUGUCUGUGGGUCUCUUAUGAGGCCUCUAAUGGACCAAAGUGAAGCUGACCCAAAGCUAGUGACCCCAAAGCUACCCCACUCACAGCUUCUUGUGGUGUCUUCUGAAGGUUCUGGAUUGCUGAUCAAGCAGUCAAGGAAAAGGACAAAACCGAAAUGCUGUCUCUUUCCACAAUCAUCUGGCAAGCACAGCUUCCUGUUCACGCCUGACUUCCUGAUGCUUGCUGCAUCCUUCCUCUUCCUGGCAUUUGGCUGCACUGUGCCGUUCAUCUACCUGGUGCCGUAUUCUCUCAGUGUGGACAUCGGCCAUCAUCAGGCCGUCCUCCUAAUGUCCAUCCUAGGAGUUAUGGGGAUUGUAGGUAAUAUUGCUUUUGGAUGGAUCUCAGACAGGAAGUGUUUGAGGACGAUCCGUGAAGUCACUUUCCUGAUUGCAGUGGGGUUCGAGGGACUCAGUUGUCUCUUCAUGCCCUUGUUAAGGAGUUUUCCCACACUCGUGAUCUUCUCCGUCGUCUACGGCUUUUUCGACGGGGCCAUCAUGGCGCUCAUCCCUGUGGUCACCUGUCAUAUUGUAGGCUCCGCCCACUUGUCCUCAGCUCUGGGUGUGGUUGGCUUCUUGCAUGCCAUUCCAUACCUCAUCGGCCCACCAAUAGCAGGUUGGCUGUUGGAUCAGUCAGGCUCCUACACAGCACUCCUCCUCCUCAGUGGACUCUCACUGCUCUGUAGUGCUUUCAUCCUGAUUGCUCUGGCUUUACUGCGUCACUGCUGUAGGGGGCGCUCUGUCACACAGCAUGACCGACACCAGGCAUAAAGACACUUACACAAUGCAACGCCAUUAAAAUCCCCGGAGAAUUUCCCUGUCUGACCAUCUCUGUCGAUCUGUCUCUUUCUGUCUGUCUCUAUACCUGUCUGCCUGUCCAGAUGAGUGUGUAAUAAUAAAGGAUAUAUGUUGAUGAGUGCUUAUUUAUCUAGUUAGCAGGUAUGCUAUUAGCUAGUGACAACAGUGCAGUGCACUAGUCAUGAGGUUGUUAUGAAGUUCUCCAUCACAAACCAUACUAUGCAGUUCAACAUAAAAACUAGCCUGUUAUUCUAAAAUAUAGUAAUAAAUAUGACACCAGUUAAUAAUAAUUAUAAACUAGCAGUGUGCAUCUGUACAUGUGUGUUGUAUUAUAUUGUAUAGCAGUGUUUAAUAUAGCACUUUAUAACAGUCAACAGAAUA